AUCCGAGAUGGGAUUCCUUCAGGAGCAACCUGCCGCCGACAACCUCUUGAAGGAAUUCCUGUAACAACUGCAUGCAGCAUCUUUGUCUAAAGGUCAAGAUGGACAAUAAAACAGGCAUUUUGCAAGAUUUUGGUGCCUGCUCUAAGAACUUUGUAACUUUUCUGGCAUAGACUUUGCAGUCAGAAGAUUUACUUCACAGCUUUACAUUUUCAUGUGCGAGCGCUCCACAAAAAGUAACGGAGAUGGAAGAGAAGGAUGAUGGAUCACAGCAGACACUUGGUAUAAAAGUAGAGAGUGAGGAAGACGCAGCGUCAUGCCAUACCUGUGGUGUGUGCGGUCGUAGCUUUCCUCUCCUCAGCUCUCUGUCUCAGCACAUGAGAAGGCACACCCGGGAGAAGCCAUACAAGUGUCCCUACUGUGAGCACAGGGCGGCUCAGAAGGGCAGUCUGAAGGCUCACAUUCGAAGCCAUAAACUGGGGCUUUUCAGCCAUAACUCUAGUGACAAGAAAGAGGAAGGAGAUCAAGUAAAGAAAGAUUGUCCUGAUACGCCUGACCCCCCUGAAAUUAUCAGCACGUCUGACAAAAACCACACUGUCAAUGGGAAGGUAAAGAAAAAAGCAACAAAGAAAAAAGUGAAGAGUAAAGAUGGUGUCGAGGUUGCUGAUGCGGCUGAUUCCGGACCUUUAUCCUGCGCCAUUUGCGGCCAGGUUUUCCCUCAGGUAUUACUCCUUAAAUCCCACAUGAAACGGCACAGAGGUCACCAGGAUCAUGGAUGCCACAUUUGUGGAAGACGCUUCCGCCAAGCAUGGUUUCUCCAAAGCCACAUGCGCAUUCAUCGGGUCAAAUCGCAGCUUCGUGGCAGUAAAAGCAAUGAACCUCCUGCCACCAUUAACGGGAUUCCACUGGACAAAGCAUCACUGACAAAUGAAGAGUGCCUCUAUGAGCUCUGUGCUAGCUGUGGGAACUUUUUCUAUGACCGCAAGACCUUGCGGAGUCAUGAAAAACUACAUAAACUGAACCACGGCCAUACUCAGAACCCACCACAUAAAGAUGUGAACUUCUCAGAGCUGCAUGUUGAUAAGAAACAUUUUUUGGAACGCUUGAAUCUUACAACUGCUAAACCUAAAGAAAUACCUGUGGAAAGUAUUCUGGGUGGGCGAAUUCCAGAGCUGGACCCAAUUUGUAGUUACCAAGCAUGGCAGUUAGCCACAAGAGGUCGACUAGUGGAGGCUGCAGAAAAAUGUCUGGGAUGGGAGGAGAGACUGGCAGAUGCAGAGGUGGCGUACGACACAGAGAAAGGAGAGUAUGUACCCCUGAAGCCAGAGAAGAAGAGGAAGCAAAUCGACACCUCACACUCCAACAAGAAGAAGAAGGGUGAAACAGACCUGGAUCACACACCAAACACCUUGGGCUAUGCUAAAGGUGGAGACAAAAAGAGUUGUCAGAAGGACCGUAUUCUUUUAAACGGACUUGGUCAUGCUUUUUACGAGGCACUACAGAAAAAGACUGGUAAAGAUACUCAGCUCUCAUCUAAACCGAGCAAGACGUUCAGAGGCCAAGAGAAGGAAGAUAAAACCCACUUCUUCUGUGAACACUGUGAUUUCCGCACUGUCGACUCCUCGCUGCUCAGGUCUCACCUGUACAGUCAGCACCCGGGUUCCUGCAGCAAACACAACACCACUGUUGAUAGUGUUAGCAAAAGUGGGUCCAGAGCCUCAAGAUACAUGGACUACCUCAGAAGCAGGAGUUUGUUGCUCAGUCAGCCAUAUUGGAAUCCCUGCACACGUUCUCCUGGUCAGGAAAUGGCAGAGGAAAGUGUUAAGACAGAAUUGUCUAAUGGAAGGGAGGUAAAAGAGGAGGCACAUGCUUCUGAGGACACUGGCAGUCUUCUUAAUCUUUCCUCAUCACCUCUUACUGAUGGAAAUAUUAAUGAUACGGUGCAAACAAAGGGUCUGGUGCAACAUCAGUGCCUAUACUGCUCCCACAAGACCAACUACCCAGAAGUCCUUUGGAUUCAUCAACGUGUCGCCCACAAGGUCAACGGCAACAGCUCUGUAGCACCCAAGUGGGCCCCCUGCAUAAACACUCUAAAAAGCUUAAAGGCUGGAGCGUCUCAGUGGAGGCGCACCGGACCACCCCCUUUCCUUGAAGGCAAGGACUGCCCAGCUUUACCCACCCCUCGGACCCAGCGAACACAGCCUCCAGGUUUCACAACCCGCAGCGGCAGCAGCAGCAGCAGUAGCAGUAGCAAGCACUUAACCUCCAGGAGCCAGUCAAGCAUCUCAAAGUCCAAGCAUCACUCAAAGGACGGGACACCGUCUACUGGGAAGGUCAGCCUCCACCCUCAGAGGAGCUCAGGGGAACACAAGCGAGCAGCAGAGGGUGGAAGCAAAGGCUCCGGUGGCCAGACCGCUUCAUUAAACAGUUCUGUGCACACCAAGAGUUUAGAUGCCUUUCAGACUUCAAGCAGCCCCAAACACAGAGGUGACAGAGCUGCUGUGGAGGGGGUGUUCCCACAGGAGGGUUUGGGUUUUAUUCUGGCGAGAAGUCACAGCGGGGCUUCUUCAAACGCAGCAGCAGACAGAUCCCACUCCCGCAGGCAGUCGUGGGACUUUUCUUCAGGUCCUAAGGGUUCUGAUCUGUGGGCAGCCAUGAACAUGUGGAGGCCACACGGGGCCAAAGCUUAUUCAGAUCCACUCCUUUUUGCUCAGGGCAAGAGUGAGUCAACAGGAGCAAUGCCAAAGGACGUGGGCAUUUUGAGUUUCUUGAAGAACUACAGUCCCAGUGACCUGGCGGCUCUUUAUCAGCACUGGGGGUUCGUUGAUCCGAGAAUUGAUCCGCAAACGAUGCUGCAGUUGAAUGGACAUUUUGGAAAUGAAGUCCAUCCCUCUGAAAUUUCUAAACAGAUGAACAGCCACUCCGCUUCAUCUUCAGGGUCUCUUCAUAAAGGAACAUGAAGACACAGCCACAAUGCAAGCUGCUGAACAGAGACCUGCUAACGUUUAAAGGAACCAGCCAUGACUCCUACCAA